UAUAUACAGCUACCAGAAGAAAACACGCGCCCAACUCCACCACAGUGGGGGGCGGACCGGGAGGACUACAAGUAAAGUUGGGACAUUGCCAUUAAUAUUGGCUUUAUAUUGGAAUUAAACUAGGGCUGCGCAUACCUGCCCAUCAUAACUUGUAUCUGUAGUUAAACUACUCUCAGUAGUCGUCGUCUGGAUUGAUAACGGCAGCUCAGUACCGUCGACAGUAACUCUGCACCGCUGCUCCACAAACCACCAGCAGAAUGGAUCCUGAAGGUGGCCCACAUAGUCCAGAGGGAGAGCCCGCCACGACAGACCAGAACCCCAAAAACCAGAGGAGUCUGAGGAGCCUUCAUACGCUGGCCACGAGGUUUGUCAGGUUGUUACAAAAAGCUGAUGGAGGUGUGCUGGACCUCAAAGAGGCAGUCAGUAUCCUGGCUGUCGGACAGAAAAGGCGAAUCUACGACAUCACGAAUGUGCUGGAGGGCGUUGGUCUGAUUGUGAAAAUCUCCAAGAGCAUUGUAAAGUGGAUUGGUGCAAUGCCAGGAGAAUAUUCACCCGGGUCAACCAACAGACUGAUGGAGUUGAAGUUUGAGCUGGCGGACUUGGAGCAGAAGGAGUGUAUGUUGGACCAGCAGAAGUUCUGGGUUGAACAGAGCACCAGGAAUACAAGAGAAGACUGCAGCGAUCUGACCUAUGUGAAUCAUGAAGAUAUCUGCAACUGCUUCAGUGGCCAUACUCUCUUGGCAGUACGAGCACCAUGUGGCACACAGAUGGAUGUUCCCAUUCCCAAAGCUGUUCAGAACAGCCCAGCAAAGUACCAGAUCCAUCUGAAAAGCAUCAAUGGACCGAUAGACGUCGUACUUCUUAACAAACUCUCUGUCAGCUCUGAUCCUGUCGUGCUGCCGGUCCCACCGCCUGAAGAACUUUUACGGAACGCCAAAUCAGCCAUGUCCACUUCAGAUGAGACAGAAAGCAGUACCGCACCGUGUCAGGCUUCAGCUAAUAUCAAACAUGGCACUAAAUCUCGAAGGACGGUCUUAGAGGACAUGCUGCACCUUAAGUCAUCAUCAUGUUUAAACGCUGAGCCUAACAGAACUGACGCAUCUGGAUUGCGAAAUUUAUCAAAAGAACUGCGGGAUGUACUACGCACAACCAAAGAAUCAAUGAAUGCAAAUCUGAUCAAAGAGCUUAUGGCCUCUGAAGUCUUUUCUCCGCUCCUCCGUCUGUCUCCGCCCCCAUCUGAACACGAAUACGCCUACAAUCUGGAAGAGAGUGAAGGCCUCUGUGAUGUCUUUGAUGUUCCUAUGCUCAAUGUUUGAUGAUGAACUCCUGUGUUAAGGACUUCAAAAGUACAACAUUUUACUCCAGCAAUGUACAUAGUUGUCUGUUUUUAAAUAGUUAUUUGAUUAUACCAAAUAAUAAACAAAUGAUUUUGAA